AUGUUGGGGGCGGAUGUGGGGAUUUGGGAUUUCUCUACUCGCGAGCAGUUGUGCGCCAACUGCUCAUCUCUGAUGGCUGAGGAGAAGGAGGGCCCUGCAGAUGCAGCCGUCGUCGCCAACCCCCUCCACGACGACGACAUCCUCAGGGAGAUCCUGCUCCGCCUCCCGUCGGCGGCAUCCCUUGCCCAAGCCGCGCUCGUCUCCGGCCGCUGGCGCCGCAUCGCCUCCGACUCCAAGUUCCUCUGCCGCUUCCGCGAGCGCCAUCCGUCGUCGCCCCUCGUCGGCCUCUUCGCCUCCGAUGACGGCCGCGGCUGCGCGCCGUGGCCCCAUUUCUACCCAGCCCUCUCCGGCCGGGGUUCCGACCCGGACAUCACUGCCGUCACGCGCAAAGGCGACUUCUUCCUCACCCGCUUCGACGGCGAGCCGAGCCUGCGCCUCCGGGACUGCCGCAAUGGCCUCCUCCUCCUCUCCCUGGAGGACAGUUCCCUCUGCAUCUACGACCCUGUCUCCAAGCGGCGAGUGGGUAUUCCCCGCCGCCCACAUGAUGGCACGGCGGGCAGCCAAUGCUUGGCGGAUUGCUUGCUCGACGCCGGCCGUGGCACUGGCACGUCCUCCACCGUGCGGCAAUGUGGCCAAAGGAUGAUGCCACAAGCCAUGGAGUCCUUCCGUGUGGUGUCCCUGCAGCAGCAAAGCCAGGAGAUACGAGCCCUUGUGUACGACUCCAACACUCUCGAGUGGCACCACCACCCGUGGGUGAGUCCGCCGACGGACGGCAUAAAAAGGCUGCCGAAAUGGGGCACGACGGCGAUGUACGCAGCCGGCAACGUCUUCUGGAGGUGCGCCCAACAAUCUUUGGUGCUCGUGCUUGAGACGAGCACCAUGGAGUUCUCGUUGCGCCCUCUCCCGCCGGACUUGAGCUUUCAUGUGCCUUCAAGGUACGCCAUCGGAGAGAUCGAGGACGGCAAGGGCUGCCUCGUGUGCCUUACAGGCCUGACUGGCGAGGAAACCCCCACCUUGGAAGUUUGGGUACUCGAUACCAACAUGUGGAAGCUCCACUCAUCAUUGAACAACAAAUUGUGGAAGCUUGACUCAUCGGAAAAAUGGUGGAGGCUCGAGAAGAAAAUCCCUGUGAGCCAACUGCUUGGCGAAUCUGCUCGGGUGCGUCAAGUUCGCAUGGUGAUCAAUGGACUAGCGCUACUUUGCAAGGACGACCAUGACCCUCAGUUUGUGGUCGAUUUGCAGAGCAUGGCUCUGCUGGCCAAGUUUCAGUUUCGGGGAUACCCGUACCAGAUGUCAUGGCCGCCUGCUGGGUUGGCCACAACUAAUUCCAGAUCCACGUCUUCUCUGGAAGAUACCAACAUAGACAUUGCACCAGUUUUACCUGAAGGGGAACUGAGCGAGAGCGGAAGCAGAAAGAAGAGUGAUGAAUCGGGUAUGCAUCUAGAAGAAAGCUGCAACCGUGCAGGAUUCAAGCUUAAUGGUGAUGGUGAUCACGAAGUUGGUAAUCUUCGCAAAUACCAUAAGCUUCCAGGGAAUGAUAAAAGGCCAGUAAAAGUAUUUCAAUAUGCAUUCCAGGAAGGCACUCUUCUGCAGUCUGAAAAUGCACGACUUCCAGAGAUGGAAAUGACGGGGUCUACAUCGAGUGAUGAAACGCUGCUGGACAGUAUGCUUAACUUUAAAGAUAAAGAUGGAUCACAUCUCAUCAACGGCAUACAAGCCCCACUCGUAUCAACAGAAGUACACAGCAGCCAGACUCCUCUGAGUUCAGAGCAACAUGGCAUUGGUGAGAAAUCAAGUCAAGAUCUGCAUGGUUGUAAUACUAGGAUUCAGCCAAUGGAAAAGGAUCCGUGUCAUGAUGAACUGACUCUGCAAACGGCUGGUGUUUUCCCUUCUGAAAGCUGUGACGGGGAUAUUCUAGGAGAUAAAUCUGAAACCGACUACCUGCCAAAGAAUACUAGAGAAGAUACUGAAAUGUUGGAGCAACAGAAUAGUGAUAAGGCUAACAUAGAAGUCAGUUGCGUCGACAAAAUGAGUGAAGUGCUCUAUGAUGAUAACAACACCUUGGAGAAGAAUACAAUCUGUGGUGGGAUAGAGUGCCACUUGGCCUUAUUAGACAAUAAAAAUUCAGAAGCUAGGAGUAACGCCAUUUCAUCUCCGAUGCAGAAGAGGCCCUUUGCGUGCCAGUGCCAUGUAGAUGGUUGCACCAUGAGCUAUGACAGUAAGAACAAUUUGGCCAAGCCUUUUAGGGAAGUCCAUAAGCAGAAGAAACGUUUCGCGCGGAGAUUCAGUGGGUGCAGCGAGGAGUUUUCUUCAAAGAAUAAAAGGAAGAUUCAUGAGGGGUCUAGUGCUCACGUUGAGCUUUCCACCAAUAUGAUUAAUUGUGUCAGCACCUCUCCUGCCGGUGGACCAGAAGCCCAUGAAGAUCCCAGGCCCGCACAAGUGGUGGGCCGUCGCACAAGCAACCGACCACGUAAACCGAACAAGCUAGUAAGUGGAGACGACUGGGUCGUUUGAGAAGGACAGUAUAAGAAGCUCACAUUGCCAGGAGGGAAGUCAUCGAAGAUCAAUCAUGGAUCAUAGUUUAUCUAGGCUCUCAACCCUAAUUAACCCCCCAAUUCUUGAUUCUUCUAUUCCACACAAUUGUGCUUGUAUCAAGCUUGUAACCUGAAUCCAGCAUAUUUCCUGAACCCUGUCUAGUGAAUUCAGUGAGUGAACUAGAGCCCAGUUAAUAAAAUGCCACUUCAAGGACUGCA